AUGUUAGAUGAAGAUCAAGAUUAUGAAGAGGUUUCUCCAUUUCUAGCUCCAACUUCAACUUCAAGCACUAAGAGAAAAAAACCUAUUAGCAUUGGUGACUAUUUUGCUCCAAGGACUAAGCCUGAGUCUCAGCCCUCAAUUAAGAGUGGUUUAGUUGGAAAAGAAACUAAGUGGAGAGUGGACAUGGCUGUUGCAAGGUUAUUUUAUGAUUCUUGCAUCUCAAUCAAUGUUAUUAAUUCAAUUUAUUUUCAGCCUGUGGUGGAUGCUAUAACUGCAAUUGGUCCUGGGUAUAAACUCUCAACUUAUCAUAGUUUGCGUGUAAAUUUGUUGAGAGAUGCUAAGAAAGAAGUGCAAUUACUUGUUGAUGGUUACAAGAAAACUUGGAAGGAUGUUGGAUUGGAUGUUUUUGAUGUUGAAAAGGAUGCUGGAACAUUGUUCAACUUGUUUGAGGAAAUAGCUUUAUGGGUUGGACCAAACAAUAUUGUCCAUCUUGUCACUAAUAAUGGAGAAAAUUAUAAAGUUGUUGGAAGAAUGUUGUGUGAAAAAUAUAACAGUAUUACUUGGUCUCCCUAUGCAACACAUUGCAUUAAUUUGAUGUUAAAAGACAUAGUUGAGAUGAAUCACAUAGUCAACCUUUCGAGAUGUGCAUCUGAGGUUACGAAGUUUGUGUAUAAUCAUUCGUUUGUGCUAGCUUUGCUGAGGAAAAACCAGGCUUGGACAAAAAUUAUACGCCCAAGCACAACCCGUUUUGCCACAACUUUCAUUGCAUUGAGCAGCCUACAUCAGGACAAACAUGACUUGCAAUCUACGGUGACAAAUAAAGCUUUUGUGGAGUCUCAAUAUGCAAAAACUAAAAAAGGCAAAACAUUUAUUUCCAUAAUUCUAGAUAACCGAUUCUGGGAUGACGUUGGUAUAAUUUCCAAAGUUGUGGGUCCAUUGAUGUAUAUGCUUCGGAUUGUAGACUCAGAUAAAAGGUCUUCAAUAGGAUAUGUGUAUGAUGAUAUGUACAGAACGAGGAUGUGGAUCAAGAAGUUGUUUAAGAAUUAA